GCGGUGGGCGGGGAAGGUAGGAGUGGCCAAGUGUUGCAGCUAACCAAGUGCAAGAAAGAUGGGUGAAAGGAAGGUUUUGAAUAAAUACUAUCCUCCUGAUUUUGACACCAUAAGACUGCCCAAGUUGCCUGGAGGCAGGCCAGACCAGUAUGUGAUAAGAAUCAUGGCCCCUUUCACUAUGAGAUGUCUGACAUGUGGUAACUAUGUCUACAAGGGAAGAAAGUUCAACUCCAGGAAGGAGGAUGCAAAAGGAGAGAACUAUCUUGGACUCCAGAUCUACAGGUUCUACAUUCGAUGUCCAGAAUGUCUCUCUGAGAUUACAUUCAAGACGGAUCCUCAAAAUUCCGACUAUGUCCCUGAACACGGAGCAAUUAGGACAUUCCAGGCAGAGAGACUGGCGGAGUUGGAGGAACAGAGAGAAGCUGAGGAGAAGGAAGAGGAGGAAUCCAACAACCCCAUGUUGGCACUGGAGAACAGAACAGCUGAGUCCAGGAUGGAAAUGGACGUUCUCGAUGCUCUAGAAGAAAUCAGAGACUGGAAUUCCAGGAAUGCAUCUGUGAAGCAUGAGCACCUGUUAGAAGGGCUCAUAGUUGAAGAGAACAAGGAAACAGAGGAAGGAGACGCUGCACUAACAGCUAUGGCAUCCAAGAUCUUUGAAGAAAAACGCUCCAAACUUCGCAGAUUGGACGAUGAGGAAACCCCGCCCACUAAACGAGUUCAUUUGGAGAGACCGUCGACUUCAGGUAAGAGGAACAAGUUGCUGGGUCUGGUAGUGAGAAAAACUAGCAAGAAGACUGGAGGGGAGAAGAGGGAGGAGAGGGGGGAAGGAGCUGCUACUUCUGAGGAGAAAACCUGUACAGCAGGAAUUUCAGGAAUUUCAGAACUCGGUGGGAGCAAGGUCCAAGGUGCAGCAGAAAAAGAGGGGCCAAAAGAUGCAAAAAACAAGGAGGGUGAGGGGCCAAAUAUUGGAGAAAGCGAAGGGGGCAAAGGAACAGAGGGGUCAGGCGGUCUGGGGCUCCUUUGUGGUUACUCCGACACCUCCAGUGACAGCGACUAGCAUCGUUACCAUGGCAACAAUUUUCCACCACACUCAAAAACAAAACAAUAAAUUUUGUUGUUUAAGUGUUACAACGAGAGAUAAGACAACUGCUGAUGCAAUUGUCAGUAAUCGAUGAAGGAACAUACACACCACAUAGAUGAGACAGAGAUAGAGAAUUUGGUAAAGAAGGUGAUAAUACAGGGAGAGACAAGUCGUAUAUAGAAAAGGCAAAGAGAAGAGAGGGAGAUGAGAGGGGUGGAGGUGCUAGGAAGAAGGUGACCCAGGAGUGGUGGAGACUGGGAGACCUUGUGGGGAAGGAGAGAGGUGUCCGUCUCCCACGGCAACUGGAGACAGAUUGGAUUGUUCUCUGUGAUGUCAUAGUUUGGUACCUAACCAACAGAAAAAGCACUGUAAUAAUUAUACAACAGUGGUAAGACUACAAGACUCCAAUCGUGUACUUGUCUCAGACAUAGGGAGCCGUUAGCA